GAAAUAUUCCAAUUGUAAUAUCCCUCUGAACGUCUUCAUUACAGGCUAAUAUAUGUGUAUAUGCAACGAGUUAUGUAAUACCAAUGAUAUGCUGAAGCAUUACUAUGUCCUACGAGUAUAUUGGAUGAACAAACUGUGUGCACAGUGAGAAUGGGAGUAUAAGUUCCUUGAAUCAGUCAGUGCUGGAUGAGAAAUUUUUGGUGGUAGCCCUUUUACAGGCAUCAUGUCGAGAACAAUCGGAAGAAUUUGGGAGUAUGUGAGAGCAACGUGAAAUGAGGGAGUUUGUUUAAGAAUGGCGACGAAGCAACAGAAUGUUAGUGAAAAGAGAAAACAUUCACCCACAACUCCUGUACAAAGAAAGGAGAAAACACAGAAAAUAUCAAAGACUAUUAGUACAGUAAAUGAAGAUACCACUAAUGUUAGAAUGAAUGAGAAGAAAAGUGCUAUUUUCUAUAGCGUGUCCAUAGUCUGCUUAGCAUUUGGCUUUGCUUGCUUACAUGUUUACCAUGUGGCAUCCAUGUUUGAAAAUGACAGACAUUUUUCCCAUCUUUCAACACUUGAGAGGGAAAUGACUUUCCGCACUGAAAUGGGUCUUUAUUAUUCCUACUAUAAGACUUUAGUAGAAGCUCCAUCAUUUUCAGAGGGAUUUGAUCAGAUCACUCAUGAUAAUUUAACCGAAUUUCCAUCUGUUAUCAACACAUUGCAGAGGUUUAAUUUAUGCCCAGAAGUAGCAAUUGGUUCAUUGUAUCGAAUAUUCAUGGCAGUGACGAACUGGCUGGGAUGGGCCACCAAACAAUGUUGGCAGGUGGAGAGGGGCCAAGGAUUACCCCAAGUUACUAGUUGUGAGGGCCUAGGUGAUCCAACAUAUUUCUACCUAGAAAUGGUGUGGAUCUUUGCUGGCUUUACUAUGGGUAUAAUAUUUUUGUAUGCAUUGUUUCUCAGUGGCUCUGUGACAGGAGGUCUACUUGCAGUUCUGUGUUUCUUCUAUAAUCAUGCUGAGUGUACACGUGUACAGUGGGCGCCACCAUUACGCGAGAGCUUCGCGUAUCCGUCCUGCCUCCUUCAGAUGAUGUAUGUUAGUGUUUGUCUGCGUAAACGUGACAGUGAUUUUUCAGUGAAACCAUCCCCUCUAAUCCAGCUACUCGGUAUCUGUGGUUCCACUUGGUUGUGUCUGAUGCUUUGGCAGUUCUCCCAGUUUGUCAUUGCCACACAGACUGUUGCGCUAGCUGCCAUGUUUGUUAUUGGCGCAAUUGAUAAAGACAUCUUUCUCAUUGUUCUCUUUGGACAGGGUCUUGGAGUACUUCAGGCAGUAAUGUCCCUGUUUGGUAAUGAACUCCUCCUGACUUCAAUUCUGACUUGUCUGAUUGCAUCUCUGUUGAUUGUGACGCUUACAUUGGAGCCAGCCCUUACACAGUUCAACUGUCUACCACGAGGACUGGUGUUAGUUUGCCUCACACUGUUGGGCACAAUUACACUCAAAACGCAUUUGUCCCAUGCUUUGGGCAACAAAGAUGAUGGUCACAUUAUCAACAUCCUGAAAUCAAAACUAACUGGGUAUCGGGACUUCCACACAUUGCUUUACACGUGCUCCCCUGAGUUUGACUUCCUUCCUACAGAAACUGUAUGGAAACUGACAGAAACUCUCUUACUGCCAGCUGUAGCUGUGGCUGUAUUAGUAGUUCCUUGGUACUGGGUGUCAAACAUCUUGUUCAGUCACAGACAAAAUAGUGAUGAGAGGUCAGAGAGUCAUCUAGCAAGUUGUAUUGAGCCAGAGAUCCUCUAUAACAUUCUGCAGCUUGCAGCUUUUGCAAUUAUGGCUGGCUUGGUUAUGAGGCUGAAAUUGUUUUUCACCCCACAGUUGUGUAUAAUUGCUUCACUGCUGGCUUGUAGAAGGUAUUUCAGAUUUCUGCAGACUGAUAAUGUACACCGGGCCAUCUUAGUUCUUCUUAUCAGCGGAAUGAGUGUGAGAGGAAUUCGUAAUCUUAGUGAGCAGAGGAACAUAUUGGGUGAGUAUAGUAAUGUUCCAUUUGAGGAGCUGUUAAUAUGGGUUAAGACUGAGACAAGUCCUAAUGCAGUAUUUGCUGGUCCUAUGGCCGUUAUGGCAAACCUCCUGCUCUCUACAAGAAGACCAAUUGUCAACCAUCCACAUUAUGAGAAUGCAGUUUUAAGGGAGCGAACCAAAAAAGUAUAUUCAGUGUUUAGUAGGAAAUCUCCACAAGAAGUGUUCAGUAUCUUGUCCCAUCUUCAAGUAGAAUAUGUAGUUCUGGAAGAAUCAUGGUGCUUCAGGGGAAACAGAAAUGGCUGUAGCAUGGUGGAGCUAUGGGAUGUGGAGGAUCCGGCGAACGCUCAUAAUCCUGCAUUAUGUCCACAGCUGUUUGUCCAGACUCCUGCACCAUUCCAUCGUGUUUUUGCUAACGAUGCAUAUGUUGUGUUGCGGCUACACAGUCAAUAUGUGGAACUGAAUCCUUUGAAGGUUUAUAAGCUGUAGAAUGGACUUGAAUACAUUGGUGAUUGAAGCACCGACCUAUUUAUUCGAGGCAAUAGACUUGAGAAAGUGCUGAAAUGGAAGCUUCUUUUAUAAUGGUGUUACAUUCUGUGGAACAGAAGUGAAGCCUGUGAUUUAUGCCCUGUGAAUAAUUUUAAGAAGUUUUUAUUAAAUUAUGUAGUGGAAAUGAAGAUAUGUGUCCAAAGUGCAAUAUGCUUGUAGAAUGUAUUAAACUAACUGCAGUAACUAAAACUUUAAAAUUAAGUAAUUUUAACUAAAUUUAAGCUUCAUACACAACAGAACUGUAUAAUCAAAUUAAAAGGUAAAGUAAUGUGAAUAAGUAAUUAUAAAAUUAAAAAAUUAAUAAUUAUAUGAAAUUGAAAUUUACUGCUAGGAUAAAUAAAUUGUCAAACAUGUAUUUGGUCCCACAGAAUAUUAACCCUUUGACGGAGUCAUUUAAAUUCCGCGGCCGCGUCUCCUGCGGUAAUAUAUUCAG